UGCGGAUUCGAUGUCAGCAAAAGAUAAAGAAAUAGUUCGAACAUAUUGAAUUUUUUUGCUACUGUAGCAUAAUUUAGAAAUAAAUUAACAGUAAUUUUUUUUAGGCCAUCUAUAUUGUUUCUUUACAAAUAUGUCGUGUUGGAAGUUUGUGUCAUGUUUCGUCGCCCGUGGAUAAUAAAAAAAGUAAUGAUGCCGAUCACCGAAACUGGUGAUCAAUAUUCCGUAUGGGUUGGUUUAAUUUACAUUUUCAACUUGAUAGUAGGGACUGGUGCCCUAACCCUCCCUGCAGCGUUUGCCCGAGCAGGAUGGGGUCUCAGUACAAUAUCGCUGGUCUUCCUAGCAUUCAUGAGCUUUAUGAAUGCUACAUAUGUGAUAGAAACAAUGGCAUGUGCAAAUGCUGUAUUAAAAUGGAAGAGGUUACAAUUAAUUAAAAGAAACAGUGUCCAAGAAAAUGAAUCUGAUGAAGAAGGGACGUCAUCCCAUGCUUAUGGUGAUUUAGAAGAUCCCCUUGUUUGUGGGGAGUCCAUCCCAUCCCGUUACUACAGUCUCGAUAAAUGUAUUGAAUUAGGGGAAAUGGCAAACCUGUUCCUAAGUAAAGCGGGAAGAACAAUGUUUUACUGCACUCUCUGUGUAUAUUUAUACGGAGACCUGUCUAUAUAUUCAGCAGCAGUUUCAAAGUCAUUAAUGGAUGUUAUAUGUUCAACAGUGCCGUCAAAUGUAACAAAUACAACAAAUUGGGACGUUCUUCCAUGCUUCAACUCUCCAUCUGACUCCACGUCGACGUACACCCGCUUCGACUGCUAUCGGGUCGCUCUUCUUACGUUCUUUGGAGCAAUGGGACCGUUUGUCUUCUUCAACGUACAAAAGACCAAGUACUUACAGCUGUUCACAUCUGGCAUGAGAUGGCUCGCUUUCGCGAUCAUGAUAUCGAUGGCGAUACACCUGCUCAUAGUGUACGGGCCUCAAGGGAAGCCGCCAGCAUUCGAUUUCACAGGGAUACCCACUCUCUUCGGAGCCUGCGUCUACUCCUUCAUGUGUCACCAUUCGCUGCCGGCACUCAUAAGCCCGAUACGAGGGAAGAGUCGUCUAGGACUCCAUCUCGCUCUUGACUACGGACUCAUAAGCAUCUUCUAUCUCCUUCUGGCAUUCACGGGAGCGUUCGCGUUUUCAACGUUAAAUGAUUUGUAUACACUUAACUUCGUGCCGACGGACAAUGAUAAUAUACUAUUAGAAAUCGUAGAAUAUUUCCUUGCACUGUUCCCGGUCUUCACCCUGUCGACCAGUUUCCCAAUAAUAGCUAUUACUUUAAGGAAUAAUCUGCAAAGUCUAUUCUUAGACACGAGCCGCCUGGACUCGUAUAACUUUGUGUUCAGGAAAUUAUUGUUUCCCGUCGUCACGGUGGUACCGCCGCUGUUGUUGACGUACUUCCUCGAGGAUAUAAGUAUACUGAUUAAAUUUACGGGAUCGUACGCCGGUACCGGUAUUCAAUAUAUGAUACCUACUUUCUUAGUGCUCUCUGCGAGACGACAUUGUACGAAUUUAUUAGGGCUCGGGGUUGUCAAUAGAUAUAAGAGCCCCUUCUCCAAUAUCGCGUGGGCCAUAUUCGUGUUGCUGUGGUCCUUUAUGUGCGUCAUAUUGGUAACGGUUAAUAUGUUUGAGAGGAACUCAUGACAUUAAUUCAACGAGUAAUGUUUUUUUUUUUUUAAAGUACAUAUUGUAGUGUUUUGAAGCUUUAUAGAUACCGUGUGUUCAUUGUUAUUACUUUUAAAAUUUAAUUAACAAUCGACAGAUUAUAUUUAUUUAAAAUAUAAAGUUUUAUAUAAAAUGUGCGAUUUCUUAACUUUUGCUCAAAUGUAUAAAUAUGUUUAGGUGAUUUCAGUAAUUAAAAUGUGACUUUUAAACGUAACAACAUAAAACAUAACAUAGCUUAAAUCAAUCGCAUAAAUUGUUCAUUUUAUACAAUCAUCAAUUUUAGUCAACUUAUUUUACUAUAAGAACAAAUUACUACUAAACUUGAUAACACAGUCGUGUCAGUAAAAUUAUUUCUAACCAUCUCCUUACCUUCGCACUCGUUGCCCUUAUAUAUGUACUUAAUUUGUUAAUCAUUUGAUGAUUGCAAAUAAAUGUGCAAUCUCCAUGCAGCAAUACAUGACGAGAAAAAUAUAUAAAAUUAUAAAUAUAAUUUUUACUAAUAAAUAAUAAAAUACAUUAUAAAUCCGAGCGGAGAGCAUUCAUGAUAUAUGCAUAGAUUUAUAAAGAAUAAAAAAAGUAAAAUACCUACGCCUUUCCAAAUUCAAAUGCACAAAAUAAACGUAUUACUACUGGAAUGAAAAAAAAUAAUUCAAAUACUAUAAAUCGAUUUAAAAUCAUACUUUGUUGUAAAACCGUACCCAAAAAUAUAUGUGAAUAAAAUGUUGUAAAUAUUAGAUUGUGAUUCUGCGUGACAGCUUAGACAAUACUCUUUCUUGAAUUUUAUAUAUUAUAUAAAUAUAUACAUAGUGAAGUCUGAUGUCGAGUCAAAUGUGAAUUGUCUUCCUCGUUCCUGUUACUUCACUGGAUGCUUAAAAAUACCAAAUACUUUUUUUAUAUUUUGCAAUUUUUAUAAACUUGAUAAAUAAUAAUGUUAAUGUAUAGUUAUAAUCAUAGAAGUAUAUUUUUAUAAAAAUACGUAACAAUAAUAGAGUGAUCGUGUUUCUAAAUUGUAUAAGAAAUAUAUAAUGUAUUAACAAAAUUUUCGGUACUGAUUUAUUUAUUUGUAAUAAUAUAUUCUAGUAGUAGAGAUUUAUAUAUUAAAAAACUGUUCCAUUAGAAUCAAAUGGUCUCCUUUUGAAUCACACCUUUUUUAUUUGAUGUACUAAACAUUUGCGUGGCCUAGAUUUCUUUUUUGGAAGUUAUUUAAAUAUAUUUGUUUUAUAUCGCUUAAUAUUGCAAUAACGACGUUAGUAAUUUGUUUGUUAACAAUAAAUAGGAAUUGAAU